UACUUCUGCAUCUCGAUACUGUGCCCCUCUGACAGGCCUUCUCACCUACCUUGGAAAGCUCUUUGGCUGAGAUGGAUGACAGCAGUAUUAACAGAGAACUGAAGCAGAAAUUAAACUUCUCCUGUUGUGAGAAAGAGAAUGAGGAUGAAGAGCAGAAGGAAGCACAGGAGGGCUGUGAGGCCCAGGCCCUCACCCCAGAGCAGUCUGAACUCAAGGAUUCAGAGGCCAUGUCUACACCACCCAGAAUACCCCUGUCUACACCACCCAGAAUACCCCUGUCUACACCACCCAGAACACCCCUGAAGGAUGAAUCCAAACUCCGCACAUUUCAGGGAAAAGGCCGAGUGACUCCAGAGCCUGUUUUGGGGACCCUGGUGUCAGAACCGCCCAAGUUGCCUACAACACCAGCCCAGCCAGAUGACAGAAGCAAGCUCCUGUACUGUGAGAGUCCUGUCACUCCUAAAGGCCAGCCAAGCCAGUCCAUGAUUUCUUCAACAGGGAAGCCGCCCUCCCGAGGCUCUAAGCAUUUUAGGCUCACACCUGUCUCCGUAACAGAUGAAAGGACCUCAUUAGCUCUGGUUAAUAUUAAUCCCUUCACUCCAGAGUCUUAUAGAAAAGAGUUCCUUCAUUCCAGUGGCAAGAGGAAAACCCGAGGAUAUCCUGAGGAAGUUGAUCCAGGGGAAGGCAAAGCAGAACAAGGGCUGCCUGCCAAGAGAUCUGUUCUACGAGAAACCAACAUGACUUCCCGCUAUGCAAAAGAAUUCAUGGAGUUAGAAAUGAUUGGGGUUGGGGAAUUUGGUACAGUCUACAAGUGCAUUAAGAGGCUGGAUGGAUGUGUUUAUGCAAUAAAAUGCUCCACGAACUCUGUUGCAGAAGCAUUAAAUGAGAAUUCAAUUUUGCAUGAAGUUUAUGCUCAUGCAGUACUUGGUCAUCAUCCCCAUGUGGUACGUUAUUACUCUUCAUGGGUAGAAGAUGACCACAUGAUCAUUCAGAAUGAAUACUGCAAUGGUGGGAGCUUACAGGAUGCUAUAUCUGAAAAUACAAAGUCUGGCAAUCACUUUGAAGAGCCAAAACUCAAAGACAUCCUUCUGCAGAUUUCUCUUGGGCUCAAGUACAUCCACAACGCGGGCAUGGUGCACCUGGACAUCAAACCGAGUAACAUCUUCAUUUGUCAUCAGGCACAAAGUGACUCUUCUAUAGUCCAAGAUGACAUUGAAAAUGAUGCUGAUUGGUUUCUCUCUACCAAUGUGAUAUACAAAAUUGGAGACUUGGGUCUUGCAACAUCAAUAAGCAAACCCAGAGUGGAAGAGGGAGAUAUUCACUUCCUGGCUAAAGAGAUUUUGCAAGAGGAUUAUCAGCAUCUCCCUAAAGCAGACAUUUUUGCCCUGGGAUUAACAAUGGCAUUGGCUGCAGGAGCAAAGUCAUUACCCGGCAAUGGUGAUGAGUGGCAUUAUAUCCGCGAGGGUAACCUUCCAGAUAUUCCUCAGGAGCUCUCAGAAGAAUUUUACAAUCUGAUCAAGAGCAUGAUCCACCCUGAUCCCAGGUGGAGACCCUCGGCAGCAGUUCUGGCCAGAAGUCGGGUUCUCCGUCCCACCUUGGGGAAAACAGAAGAGCUCCAGAAGCAACUCAACUUGGAAAGGAUGAAGACAGCCACACUGGAAAGGGAACUGAGAGAAGCUCAGAAGGCCCAGGAGCCAAGGGAAGGCCACAGUGACUCUGAGGUCUCGGGGACGUUUACAAGAUCAGGAAGCACCAAAAGGCUAGUGGGAGGAAAGAGUGAAAAGUCUGCAAGCUUCACCAGUGGGGAUUCUUCCCCAUAAGAACUCAUUUCACAUCAACCCACAAUAUAUAUUGACCAUGCCAAACUACCUCUUCUAAAAAGAAAGAUUAACCCACUUCAAUACCCAAAGAUGUCAAAAGCUACUCCUAAUUUAGCCUAGAUACUAAAGCUAUUGAGGCCUUCUAUUAGCAAGAAUCUUCUUUACCAUAAUCUCCUCUAUUGUUAUAUUCCUAACACCAACUAUCCAUAGUUCAUUUCUCACAUUCAUUGGACACAAUGAGGAAGCAUGAGCUUCUGAACAGAUGGAGAGAAGGAAUCAGCCCUCAGUAUCACCUAUGGACCAAGACCUUCCUCUAUGAAGGAUCCCAGUGACUCUUCCUGCACAUUGAAAAAAAUACAAUUUUGUUUGGUUGUAACAACUUACAAGAAAGUGAACCUGGGUUUCAACAAAUGUUCCCUGAGUUAGCUGAUGGUAUUUGUAAAAGAAUUUCAGCCACUUUAGUUUUCCUACUGUGUUCUCUGAAUGGAGUCCAUCACCACCUUUGAUAUUGUAUUUAUUUGAUAUAAAUUAUUUCACCAUUAUUUGAGGUGGAUAGAAAUAAGGCUAUACAUAACUUGAAAUUUCUGAGCUGGCUAUUAAUUUAUGGGAUAAAAACACUGGUUAGGGGUCUGAGGGAAAUUUGAUAUGAUUGUUCUUUUUCAGUCUCUUUGCCCUGACCAUGUUGUAACUGCUAUGACUGGUUUUGAUUUUCUGGGUCUCACCAAUUUCUCCUUGAUUUGAUCAGAAUUUGGCUUUGUUUCCUGUGAUUUUUAUCAUAUUUUACCCAAAUACUUUUUCCUAUAUAUAUAUAUUUUUUUAAAGAAAUAGAAUAUUUGUAAAUAAACGUUUUUAUCUUGUCCAAAGCCAAAUAUGAGAAAGCAUUCUUCUUUGUAAUAAUGUAACUAACAAACAGUGAGAAAUUUAUGUUGGAAAUGACUUCAGGAGUAGAUAGGUGAAACAAUUUGGAAGGUUUGUACUAACAGUUCUACUUCGAGGCUUAACUUCACAGGCCCAAAAACUUAUAAUGGCCAGGCUAUGACAUAAAAUAAUAUUGGUUAUAAAGGCAUUUGCUAAUUAUGUCAUAUUAAUAAACUUAGCCUGUAAAUAGUUUGGUUUUUUUUUCUGCCUUAUUUUCUUUUGCCUGAUUUUAAAGUUAUUUUUUAACUAAAUAAACCAUCAGACCAUUUUUUCUUCUGUCUUGGAAUAGCAAUUCUUUCCACGCAAUUAAAUGGGUAUAGUGCUCCAUAUGGCUCAUUGCCAUUUUUUAAAACCAGUCUUUGUUUAAGGUUUUAAAAUCAAGUUAAUUUAUCUCUUGCUUCUCCCAAUCCAGCCAUGCCCUUUGCAGUACAGUGCAAGGUCAACCACAAUUUGUGAAUUAUAAACAGGCACAUUAAGAGUGUGCAAUGUAUAGACCAGAACUUUUUGGUUAUACUUGUUUUCUCAGUC